AGCAAGUUACUACUCAGCAGACCUGUUAAUAGUGACCUAAUUUUUCUGCUGAUAUUCCACUGCAGUAGGUCUGUAACAGUGACACACUACCAGAUACAGCCCACCAACAUGUUCACUCUUUUACUGGCUAUUCUCAUCUCUUCAGCUGCUAGAAUAAGUUAUGGAGCUCCUGGUUUUCAAUCUUCAGUUGACUCCGGAUUGGGAGAAGGUCAUACUUAUAGCUUCACAAGACCUUAUUAUGGAUCACCAUACAGCUAUAACACACCAAGCUACAACUAUGGACCGCAAUGGCCGUAUGACAACAGCUACGGACAUGAAAGAUUAUUUGACUACACAUACUUUCCAAACCAAUACAUUUCCUCCUAUCCUAACCUAAUGGCUAGAUCAAACCAAUCCAAAACAAAAGAGGAAAUACUCAUGAAUUCAAGAAAAUCCAGAUCUCCAUACACAGUUUUUUAUGAAACUUUUCAAGAAACUUCCAAUGCAGACUAUCCACAUUACACAGUAGAGGAAUACUACAGUGAACCUUUUUACUUUGAUGAUGAUGAAAAAGACAAAUACAAUAAUUCAGAAUUUUUCCAAGAACAUGAGAAUAUUUCAAGCUCAGAAUAUGAUCUUAACAAUAAUAAAACUUUGAAUGGAACAUCAUCAGAAAAUAUAAAAGAGCCCAUGCUUUCAGAAGGUGGUGGAACUCCCAAAAUAAGUAGAGAUUUUGUGAUAACAUACUUAGGAACUGUAACUCCAUCUGAUUUUCUGAGUGUAUCUCAUUCCCCUGCUGAUGAUCCUCCGUUAGGAAUCCCGUUCUAUCCCCUUCAAAUUGACAACGUGAAUUCAAAUUUAGGAAAAGGUUCUGCACCACCAAUUCUUGUUUCCCCUCACACUAUUGAAUCUGACACCCAACUUCAAGACUUAUACCUCAAACCUUAUUCAGCAUUUUCAAAAAAACCUGCUAACACAUUCCAAGAGUCUCCUAUACCAUAUUUUUCACCUGUUUUAAUGUCAGUAAUAUCAGAGCAACCCUACAAAGUCUCAGAGUUUGCAGAGCCACAAAAUCAGAAAGAUGAGUAUUUAUUGUUCGACUUUCAACCUGUUUUCAAAAGUUCAACUGUACAGCAAAACGAUCCCCACAGAUUAUUCAGUGAACAGGUUUUAGGCAGUGUUAAACCAGUUGUCCCAAUUGUAAUGAAACCUAAAAUACACAAAGUCAUAAAUACUGGUGCAUUUCAUAAGUUUGGUGUUAUUGAAAAAGGAAAGAAAUACAAAAAUUAUCAUAACCAAAAGUACGACGCAGGAUUUGAGACACAUUUGCCUAAGGCAUAUAUUUAUUCAAAGCUGCAUACUGACAAGGGAGUUGCCACUGAAAUAUUUGAAAAGAAGGGAGAGAAAACGUUCAGUACUGGAACUGAUUUCAAAUUAGGUUGGUUCUAAUAGUUUUUUAAAUAAAUUAUUUAUGGAACUUUUUUUUAUUUCAAUAGUAACUUAAAAUUUAAUGUAAUUUAAUUAACGUUUACUUGAUAAAAAUUUAACCUCUUGACAUUUAAUCUUGUAUUGUAUUAGUUCAGAAGCUGAGAGAAAAUUUCCAUUGCAUAAGCACACAACAUUUGUUUUGAAACGAUAGAGAAUUUUCCCUUUUUCAGCCGUGCUUUUGGUGGAGGGAAAUAUGUGAGUGAUCAAAAUAGUUACAAAUAUGAUAAAUAUGCGUGUUUUUUUCUCAAAGCAUAUUUUUCUUAACUUGCCACACUUAAAACCAAUCAUCAGAUACUUAAAUAAAUUUUAAAUCAGCAUCGACUAACCACAUACAGACCCGUAAAGUUUAGAUAUUCAGUCUCUUUAUCUAUUUAUCUGACAGUGAUGAAAUUAUUAUUUAUGUGUUUGACGGUUGAUUUUUAGUGUCUCAAGAUAAGAAGAAUGUAAUCAUAGAAAUAAUUAUCGUUCUGUAUUUUUUAAUCCUUUCAAUACCUACCCAUUUUGACCUCCA